AUGGGGUGCACGGUAACCAAUGCAAAAUGGGUAAAACUUGUUCGACAAAAAAGCUCAUAUGGAAGAAUUAAAAAAAUGAAUGUUGCUGAAGGGGUUUUAACUUUGAAAGAAAUUCUAAAGAAUAAAGUUUUAAAAGAAGCUCCCUCAAAAGAAGUUAUCAAAGAACAAAUAGCUAUCAAACAGAAAGAAUUAGCUAAAAGGAAAGAAAUUCUUGAUGCUGCUGAGCAGAAUUGUGCUGCUGAUAAUGACGAUGAAGAAUAUUCAAAAGACCUCGAAGUACUCAAGCAAUUGCGAGUGGAAGAAGAUGAAAUCGCUUUGAAAGAAUUACAAGCAAGAAAAGAAUCAAUAAAAAAGAAGAUUGCAAAAAGAAAAGCGAUUCUUGGUGGGGCCGAGAAGAUGUUGGUUGCGGAUGUUGCAGAACCUUCAAAAGAUAUUGAAAUAAAAAAUUUAACUCGCCAAGAUUUUCAUGAAUAUCGGCUGGCUCACCCCGGGCCCAAAUCGAAGGCCGCUUACAGAGUAUGGGCACAAAAUGGGGCAGACCGGCCUGAUUUUAAGCCUUACUCGCGUCGUGGACGCGGUCGAGGUCGUGGUGGAAGCACCGUCGUAAACCACUUUAAAUACUCUUUUUAGGUGUAUUUAAAGUGGUUGUAUAUAUUUUCUUUAUUUUCUCUAUUUUGUUAUUGUUUGUAUAUAUUUGUUAUAUUUAGUAUAUAUUGGAAUAUUUAUUUAAGAAAGUAUUUCAGUUUUUAAAUUCGCUUUUUUCUACAACCGUGAUACAUAUUUUAGUAUUAAAGAAUCUAAACAGCUUAAAUUUUUGUUAUUGUUUGUAUAUAUUUGUUACAUUUAGUAUAUAUUGGAGUAUUUAUUUAAGAAAAU